CUUUCUUUCCUCGCCCCCAUCACCUUCCGUCGACGUCAGCAGCGAUGGCGACAAAGUCCCGCAAGCUGAUGCAGACCAUCGACAUCCCAAAGACGAGCAGCUUCGACCAGCACCGCUCGUCGUCGCCCACCAGGUAUCCAAAGACUCCUGCACCGCGGACACCAGCCGAUGAAGCCAUCGAAUUUUUCGAAUCUGGCUUCAAGAAGGAUCAGCCGAUUCGUGUCUAUGAGCUCGCGCUCGAUCCCGACGGCGGCCCCAACAAGGAGAAACAAGUUGCGUACUGUCUCUCCCCCGCCUACUCACCAGACGCGUCAUCCAUCGCAGAGAUAUACAUUCGUCUCCCUCCGGCGUACAACCCCUACAUCCUGCGAGUAUCGCUUGAGGCCGGUACGCCAGCUUCGAAGAAUGGCGUGUUUAAGACGAACUUUCCCCUUGAUGGCGGACGUUUCAACAGGACGCGUUUCUGCGAACGCACGCUGCCCACCGAUUUCUCCAAGCCUAUCCAGAUCGACCUUCCGAUCUCGCACGCUGGCGCGUUUUGCUACUGGAUAGAGUACGACGGAGAGGGUGGAACCAGGAUAAAGGGCCGAGAAGGGUACUUUAAUAUCGAUCCCAUUCUCCGAACCAAGGCCCGCGCUCCCGUGGUCGGUGCAGGUCCUUCGAUUGCUGAGAACGCCGGUGCUGUACAGUCCGACUACGUCAACAUCCCCUUAGACGGUCUCUCCAUUCUGACUUACGUCAACAAGUGGAUGGGCCCGCUGGCCAACUGGCGGGAGUUCCUUGCCGAGGCGAGCGAGCGGGGUUAUAACAUGAUCCAUUACCCUCCCCUUCAGCAUCGCGGAGAUAGUAACAGCCCGUAUUCGAUUCAGGAUCAGCUGAAGUACGAUCCUCGGAUGUUCGCGGACUCUGUAGAGGAUAAGACUGCUCUUGACAAGGACGGCGGCAAAGCCAAGUUCGAGGAGAUUCUCAAGAUGAGUCGCGAGGAGUUCGGCCUCCUCAGUUUGACCGAUGUCGUUCUCAACCACACCGCGAACAACACCCCAUGGCUUGCCGAACACCCCGAAGCAGGUUUCAGUCCCGCCAACACGCCGCACUUGACGAUUGCCCUCGAGCUCGAUAACGCCAUGAUCGAAUUCUCUGCUACUCUCGCAGAGCUCGGCCUGCCGACCGAAGUGAAAUCUGAGGGCGACGUAGAUACUCUGAUCUCAGCGUUCGAGAAGUACCUCGAGCAGCGAAAUCUCUGGCAGUUUUACGUCUUCGACGUUGAGGCCGAGCGCGAACGCGUGAAAGGUGCUCUCGAGAAGGGCAACGUCAAGCCAUGGCCAAAGGACAUCAAGCAUAAAGACCUUAAGGAGCUUGCAGAAGUAGCUCGUUACUCAGGCAGGCUUAUCGGUCUCGGUCUUCCUCAAAAGCGAGGGGGCCAGAAAGUCGACCCCGAGCUCUCUACUUCGAUCGUAAAGAGCGCCUUCGCCGACCUUGAGGACGUCGAAGCUCUUGCCGAUGCAUGGGUACGCAUCGUUGACGUGCUCAACGUUCCCCUCUACGAGAUCUGGAAGAACGACACGAAGGCGGCUAUGGAUAACAUGAAGAACCGCCUCAAGUACACGAGGGCGGAUCCGCACGGUCCCCAGCUAGGGCCAAUUACCAAAGAGGAGCCGAUCGUCGAGUCGUACUUUACCCGUGUUCCCGACAAGUACGAAGAAGACCCAGAGAAGUUCGCGCUGGUUCACAACGGCUGGAUGUGGAAUACCGACCCUCUCAAGAACUUCGCGGUAGCGCCCUCUAAGUCCUACAUCCGCCGAGAAGUCAUCGCCUGGGGAGAUUGUGUCAAAUUGCGCUACGGUGACGGGCCAUCGUCGAACCCAUGGCUGUGGCAGCACAUGACGGACUAUGUCGUGUCGCUCGCCCAGACCUUCGAGGGCUUCCGGAUCGACAACUGCCACUCGACUCCGCUACACGUUGGUGUCCACCUCAUGGACGCUGCGCGUGUUGCCAACCCUGAUCUCUAUAUCUGUGCCGAGCUCUUCACAGGUAGUGCAGAGGCGGAUAUUUUGUUCGUCAGUAGGCUGGGUCUCAACAGUCUCAUUCGUGAGGCGGCGAACGUCUCGGACUCUAAGCAGCUGUCCGGCUUGUUGUACCGUCAUGGUCUCGGCAAACCUAUCGGCUCUGUGGAUGCCGCCUGCCUCAUAAGCAAGGAAGAGCUUCAGCCACCGACCGGCAAGGGCCCUACGCGUCCAUGUAUCGUUAUCCCUCACAUUGGCUCUGUGCCCCAUGCGCUGUGCUACGAUCUCACCCACGACAACGAGUCGUACCUCGACAAGCGCUCUGCCGAGGACGCACUCUCCACCGCAGCUCUGAUAACGUUCUGCUGGUGCGCCAUUGGAUCUGUGAAGGGUUUUGACGACCUUUACCCCAAAUAUAUCAAUAUUGUCAAGGAGACGAGGCAGUAUGAGGUCACUCGGCUCGGAGAGAACAGUGGUAUCGGCAAGAUGAAGCAUAUCUUGAACAACCUGCACACGGAGAUGGCAAUCGGAGGGUUCCAGGAAGGACACGUUCACGAGGAGAACGGCUACAUCGUCAUGCACCGCGUUGAGCCGACGUCGCAGAAAGGCUACUUGCUUGUUGCGCAUACCGCCUUCCAGAAAGGUAGCAAGGACCGCGGCAAUAUUUCACCCUUCAAGCUCCGCAGAUCGCGUGCUAAGUUCAUCUACGGUGCUCACCUUGAGUUCUCCUCCUACGAUUCUCGUGAUAACGAAACCCUGCUCCGCGGCAUGGAUGGCAACUUGGUCGAGAUGGCACCAGUCGUCGUCCCUCAGGGACUUGACGAAGAAGGGCCGUAUGGGGAGAUCAUCGUUCCUGAGUUCUUCCCUCCCAGCAGUAUCAUGCUCUUCGAGACACAGCUCGUUGGCCUUGACUCAAACUUGGACGAGUUCUGCAUAUCAGGCGCUGAUGAUGCUUUCGCUGAGCUCAACCUCGUCGAUCUGAACGUCGUACUCCAUCGCGCAGACGGAGAAGAACGCGACUCGACCGGUGGCGACAUUGGCACGUACAACAUCCCCGGCAUGGGCAGCCUUGUCUAUUGCGGACUUGAAGGCUUUAUGAACCCGCUUCGGCACAUGAUUCUUUACAACGACCUCGGCCACCCCCUCGCUGAUCACCUUCGCGCAGGCACUUGGGCAUUUGACUACAUUUGGACCAGGAUUGAGAAGCAAAGCAGUACCUUUCCCAACCUUUCCAAGCCAGUGAAGUGGCUCAAGGAAAGGUGUGAACGCGUCAAGCAGGGCGUUCCACCAUUCCUCCGCCCUAAGUACUUCGCGAUCAUCAUCUCCGAGGCGUAUAAGGCCGCUCGCCGUAGUGCAGUCGAACAGAUGGCGGAGUUCGUCACGGAGGGUCACGUCUUCACUCAUGACCUUGCGCUGGUGUCCGUUCAGCUGUACGGCCAGGUCCAGUCCGCUUCUCUGGACCCUGCCAAGCCGACUCCCUCUUUGGCCGCGGGCCUUCCGCACUUUGCUUCCGGCUGGGCGAGGUGUUGGGGUCGUGAUGUCUUCAUCUCCCUGCGAGGACUGUUCCUUACGACUGGUCAGUUCUUGGCUGCAAAGAGGCAUAUUAUUGCGUUCGCGUCCGUUUUGAAGCACGGCCUGGUCCCCAACCUCCUCGACUCCUUGAAGACGCCCAGGUACAACUCCCGCGAUUCACCAUGGUGGAUGCUGCAGAAUAUUCAGGACUACGCUCUCAGCGCUCCUGACGGCCUCGCUAUCCUGAAUGAGACCAUUAAACGGCGCUUCCCUAAGGAUGACACCUGGGUCCCCUGGGACGACCCUCGUGCGUACUCAGAGUCUAGCACGCUCGCGGAGAUCAUCCAAGAGAUUCUCCAGCGCCACGCGGAUGGGAUCCACUUCCGUGAGUACAACGCCGGCCCGAACCUCGAUUCUCAGAUGAGCGACCCCGGCUUCGACAUCGAUGUCGAGGUCGACUGGAAGACUGGCAUCAUCCUCGGCGGCAAUGCGCACAACUGCGGAACUUGGAUGGACAAGAUGGGCGAGUCAGAGAAGGCUGGCACUAAGGGUGUCCCUGGUACGCCUCGUGAUGGUGCUCCGGUCGAAAUCACCGGUCUCCUCAAGAGCACUCUGCGCUGGUUGGACGAGCUGUCGAGCCGGGGCAAGUUCCCCUUCCAGGGCAUUGAGGCUGAAAUUGAUGGCGAGCGCCGUCUGGUGACGUAUAGGGAGUGGGGAACCUUGCUUCAAGAGUCAUUCGAAAAGUGUUACUACGUGCCUCCUAAUCCCGAGGACGAUGCGAGGUACGAUGUCAGGUCGGAUCUGGUCAACCGUCGUGGUAUCUAUAAGGAUGUCUACGGUUCUGGUCCUGGCAGGGAGUGGUCCGAUUAUCAGCUGCGCUGCAACUUCCCUAUCGCCAUGACCGUCGCUCCGGAGCUUUUCAAUCCCGACCAUGCCCUGGGUGCCUUGAAGAUCGCCGACAAGGUCCUUCGCGCCCCUCUGGGCAUGAAGACGCUUGACCCGAGCGACUUCCAGUACAGACCGUACUAUGAUAACUCGAAUGACUCCGACGAUCCUGCGAUUGCCAAGGGUCGCAACUAUCACUGUGGUCCCGAAUGGGGCUGGCCUCUGGGAUACUUCCUGCGUGCGUACCUGUACUUCGACAUCAAGGUCGGCGCAGGUAGAGAAGACCCGUCGCAGACGCUGCAUUACUUGCACAAGUUGCUCCUGCCGGCACGCCGUCACAUCCGCGAUGACCCAUGGCGCGGUAUUCCCGAGCUCACGAACAAGGAUGGCUCGUAUUGUUCGGACUCGUGUAAGACGCAGGCGUGGAGCGCGAGCUGCCUUCUCGACUUCCUUGAGGAAGUUCACAAGUUGAAAGUCUAGACCAUUUGCACACGCACGAACAAUCUUUGCAGAACGGGACGGGUAGGAUUCUGUACGAGAACAGUAGCACGCCCUCUGUACGGUAUUAGAAAUAUCAUUCAAUUGUAGCAUUGGGAGUGUUUCGGGCGUCGUGUACGCUUCAGAGGAACAG